AUUGCAUUUAAAAAAUAAAUUUAAUUCGAUAAACGCUGUCACACCCACGCAGUCACUGUGCUGCGUUUCAUCAUUCGGCGGUGGUUCGCGAUCGGAUCGGGAUUCGAGGGCGGAACGAAGUAGAUUCUGGAGGCACCGACACGGUGGCGCUAGCUCCGUUCGUUCGUUUUGGUGCUUUUUUUUUUUUUUUUUUUACAGUGAUUCGGUCGAUCCAGAAAAUCGACGGUGAUUGAUUGGAACGAUGGCGUAUCGACGGAGACAGCAGCAAGGGUUUUCGAAGCCUUCUUUUUCGACGUUUGAAGAAGAAACGACUCGGAACCCUAACAACCCCUUUCCGCUGCCGAACGACGACGUUGAAGGUUCCGCUUCGUCGUCGUCUUCGUCUUCGCUUGCUGCGAAAGCUAUUAGAGCUUCUUCGGCCCGUCGCGACUCUUCGCUGUCCUCUCUCUACGGUCUCUCCUCUGCUUCUUCUUCUCCGGUUUCUUCUUCUCAACCUACUCCAACUCCUCCUCCUUCUUCCAAGGAUUCAAGACCCUAUGAAUAUACAUCUAUGAAGAACAUGAAUGAGUCCAAGAAUGGAUUUUGGGGUGUUCUGGCCAGAAAAGCCAAAUCAAUUAUUGAGGAUGAUAAUGUACCCCAGCAAUCUGAAAUGUCUGGGACUGGGAGGUCCCAAUUUCCUGGUGUAGCAUCUAGGAGCAAGUUCCAAAAUUCAAAUCACUUAGAGGAUAGCAAUCUCAAAAGGGACGGUCCAUCAUUUAUAAAGGGAUUGGAUGCUAUCACAUCUUCUCUUACUCAUAUUGGUGGUACCAUUGGUAAAUCCUUGGAGGAAGGUUUAACAAUUGUUGAGAAUCGGACUUCAGAUAUCAUUCAGGAAACUCGUAAACAUAUUAAGAAGAAGCCUGGAAACUCUGUAGGACAAAAUCAGGAGACAAACCAUUCUACUACAUUGCAUCAAUCCCAACUGCGGAACCAGAUGUCACCGAAGCAAACAGACCAAGAACUUCAACUGAAGGCAUCUCGCGACGUUGCAAUGGCAAUGGCUGCCAAAGCAAAACUACUUCUUCGGGAGUUGAAGACUGUCAAAGCUGAUCUGGCUUUUGCAAAGGAUCGAUGUGCUCAGCUAGAGGAAGAAAAUAAAAUCCUCCGUGAGAAUCGGGAAAGGGGAGAUAGCCAUGAUGAUGAUGAUUUGAUACGACUUCAACUUGAAUCUCUUCUAGCUGAAAAAGCUCGCCUGGCACACGAGAACUCGGUUUAUGCCCGUGAGAAUCGCUUUCUAAGGGAGGUUGUCGAGUAUCACCAACUUACAAUGCAGGAUGUUGUCUACCUUGACGAGAGCAAUGAGGAAGUCACUGAAGUUAACCCUCUUAACCUUCCCCCAGUGCCUAAUAUGGCCCUGGAUUCUAUUACUCCAUCUGCAACCUCCCUUUUGCAUUCUCCUGAACCGAACCUUGGCAUGGCUUCAGAAUUAACAAGAGGCACCUCAUCUACUAUAUCUGGAAAAGAUGCAAAGAGUAAUGAGAUUACUAUAAAGGAUUCACGGAGUUCUGAAGCGACUAGAUAACUCUUCUGUCACAGGACAUGAUGCAAAAUAACAUGAAAUUCUUCUGUUACAACUUACAAUGGUGAUGCACCGCGUUUUGAUGCUUCAUUUGUUAUUAUUUGUGUGCUGCUCGUUUCAUGUAUCGUGGGUGACAUUACCUUGAUGUAAUUGUGUACCGUAUAUUGUGUAACUCGAGUUUUAUUUAUUUAUUUUUUCCAUUAUAUCAGCAUACGUUUAUUUGCAAGUGUCUGUAUAGCAAUACUUGUCAAAAAAAGUUUGUGUAUCAUUACAGUCACUUGUUGACUAUUUCUAUUUAUUUUAUCGUCACUCUUAUACCAUCAAA